AUGUCUGGGACAGCCGAAGUGGGCGGUCAGUCCAACGGUUGUACGGCGAUGCAUGGUCAAUCCGUUGCCGAAGAUCAAACGGCCGGCGAUGCCGUAGCGCAGGGUAGGUUGGAUCAAGUGACCACCACUGGCUCAGCGCUGUCCGAGGCGGAAAUGUUUUCUAGGUACGUCAGGUUAUCACCUGAAAAUGAGGCUAGCUCGCCGAGGGAUCAUCCUACAGAAUCCGAAGACAUUGGUCAGGCACCCGUUGACUUAAAUGACGACUUCACCACCAAUGUCGCUCGCAGCAAAUUGCUUUGUUCACUCACAGCUCAUGCGCCAAACCUGUUGAGCCCGACCUCUGCGAGGGAAGUGAUGGAGACCAUAUUCCUGAACUGCGCAAACCUGAAUUAUGCACGCGGAAAAUAUAACGAUAGAGACGCGAUGGUCCCUGUGAAAACGAACAUCGAGGAAAUUCGGAGCCAUGCAGAGCAGAUCGCCGAGUUCGGAUAUGUCCAGGCGGUGGACGCCGUAAAAAAGGAGCUCUCGAUUGGUGCGAGCAGAAAUAUUCAAGCCCGGUACAAUGAAGCAUUCUAUUGGGAAAUCAUCACCAAGGGUGCAAAGCUUCUGGAUCCGGCCAAGUUGCCACCCACAAAGGGGCCUCUUGAUGAAUUCACCAAGGCUGAAAAGGUUGCGGCUGCGAAGUUCAUGAUUGAAGCAGGACAUGGAACUAGCUACACAAGUCAACAACGAUUCCGUAGACUUUGGAAGAGUCUGUUCGAUAUGCGAAAAGCAGGAGUCGAUAAGAUACUCUUCUAUCGCACGAAACAAUUUGAUAAAUUCUGCGAGGCCUACCCUAGAGACGGGGACGAAUCCUUGGUGGACACUGUGCUGUCUUGGGACAAGGUGUACGGACCACAUAUUGGGCAACUCGAGGGUCGAGUGACGGAGGAGAGCGGAGGCGAUUUAACUGGGAAAUCAUGGUUGAGUCAGCCAUAUGUAGCAGAGAGACUGGAGGUUCCAGAGGCAUUAUGGGAUUGUGCCAAGAACCUGUGGAUUUCUGAAGGGGAAGAGGCGGCAUUCAAAUCAGCAUCUGGAUUCAAAGAGGCAUCGGGUGACCAGUUAGGAGGUCUGUUUGACAUCCACGUGGCGAGUGGAUAUCGUUGCAAAUCCACGUUUGUCAGUCUUCUGCCCUGGAAUGAGACGUCCCUUCGUGUUUGCCCUACAGUCACCGUUCGUGAGGGGGACUUUCUGGGUGUUUUUGCAGGGAAGAUUCGGUUUUCGGAGGAGUUUGACGCCACAUGGGGUAUCCGUGGUCCCAGAGAGAAGCUUUGGCUGGACUGCUCGCAAGACAUCGGUUUGCUGAACCUGAUGCGAGUUUCACCGCCCGAUGGGUAUGCAAAUGUACGGCUCCAAUGGGAGCUGGUCUAUGAUCUUAAGGGAAGCCCAGCAUGGAGGGUCUCGGUUCGGGCUCUCAAGACGAUUGAGCCAUUCGAAGAGAUCAUUCGUGUUGCUUCGCAGACAGAGCAAUAUGAUAUGCAUCAGGCGUUUGAGAAUGCCGGCAAGGUGCUGGAUCUUAGCUCCUCAUCGUCUCUGCUACAUGGUGUCUGA